AUGAAGGCAAGGCAAUCUGAGACUUCGAAGGGAUCCGCAACUUCAUCCGCGAGAAUCCGUGAUAACCAGCGCCGUUCUCGCACACGACGAAAAGAGUACAUUCACGACCUUGAGCAGCGAUUACGCUCGUUUGAGAAUCUUGGCGUAAAAGCCACACAAGAGGUUCAAGCAGCGGGAAAAAAGGUAGCAACAGAGAAUGUUCUGCUACGAUCUUUGCUCAUGCUCCACGGUGUGACCGAAACACAAAUCAAAGCAUACCUGGAAUGGCAAGGGCAACCACCAAGCUCUAUUCCACCUCAGUCUUAUCAAAUGCUUUCUUCAAUAUUGGAAAACAACCUAGAAAGAGCGCCGAUUCCACCUCUUGUGGCAUACCACCGUUCGGCAACUUCACCUCACAAAGACUUGAACAGCUCGCCACAUGAGCUUAUGACUAUCGGUUCCAAAAUUUCAAUACCGGAAUCUAAUGUAAAUGGCAAUGUGGACAGUUUGGACAGCCAAGGAUCCUGUGCAGAGCGAGCAUCCACACUCACUCCCGCCACAACUGAAUCAGAGACUGAAUCACCGCAGUCUGAUUCUCGCCAGAACACAGGCCAAUUCACGUCAUGUGAGGCUGCCGCAGAUAUUAUUGGAAGUAUGCAAGCCCAUUCGGACCAUCGUGAUGUACGAUCUGAGCUCGGAUGUAAUUCGGAACCACAUUGCAUGGUGAAGAAUAUGUCCAUUUUUGAACUAUUAGAUAAAUCACAGACAUGA